AUGGCCGGGAAGCAAACCAAGACUGCAAAAAGAUCCAACAAACAGAAUGGGAAAAGAGAGGUAAAUCCUGAGGUUUUUCAAGACUCUCAAGCGAGAAAUCAAUUAUCGAGCGCUCCAAAACUCACAGAGAAGUCAGCUUCGAGAAAACCAAGCAAGUUGAAGGUCAGCAAGGAGCAAGCUCUUGCGAGGUUAUAUGGUUCUAAGAACAAAAAGGUUAAGGCGUAUUCCGAGAAAGAGCUAAAUAUUCCAAGUUUGAACCGCGCGGUGAUCCCUGGCGUUAAAUUUAAGCGCGGAAAGAAGGGUAAAAAGUUUGUUGGCGAUCAUGAUGAGCUUCUUUACAGCAGGCUAAUAAGUACUAUUGGAGAUAAGCAAGAACAACUUACUGAAAGUAAGCUGGAAAAAGCCAGAAGGCUAGAAGAGAUAAGAGAGCUUAAGAGGCAGGAAAUAGAGAGGAAAGAAGAUGCCAAAAAGGAUAAGUUAGACUCCAAGAAAGACGAGCUAAAAAAGAAAGCAUCUGUGGCUAGAACACUGCGUAGGAAAAAUAAAAGAGAUCAGUACAAUGAGAGUAAAGCGCCUGCUGCUGCAUCCAAUGAUGUUGGGCCAAAGAAGAAAACUGUGUCUUUUGCUUGA